AUGACUGCAUCAAAGGAUGGUGCUAGUUUCACCAACAUCUCUGUAGAGGAGCACUUUAGGGUCUCUCAAUCUAAUCUCGGUGGACAUAAAAAAAAUUGGUAUAAUCAAUUUAACGUUUUACCAAAAAAAGAAGAAGAAAAGUUUGUAGGUUCCACAGAGGAAUUUUCCACGGCGGCUAAUGCCCUUAUUGGAAGGUCGACAAGAUUGAUGGAGGCUCUCAAAGCAGCAGCCAUUAACGUCGGCCACAAGCCUGUGGAAACCAGAGACUUAGCUGCCAUAAAAGUGGUGGAAGCUAGAGCUACGGGAGGCACUGUGGUAAAUGAGGCGGUUGCUCAUAACAAAAAGAUAGGUAAAGAAGAUGAGAAUAAGAUUCAUCUGCGCGAUAUUAUCGCGAAGAUUGAUGUGAAGAUAACAAGUGAAGACGCGGAAGCAGUGGUUCAGGCUGAGCUCACUCAUUCUCCCUAUAACCAUGUUAUUCCUGGAGGCGUCGCUGAGUCUGUCACUGCAGCUUAUAGAUUAAAUUGCAGUCCCUCUCUAUGA